UUUUGGCUGAGACACCAAGAGGAGGUUAAAGCAGUACUAGAACAUCAAAGUAGCUGAUUUCAAGAAAAAACAGCUUUUCCCUAGGUUUAAAGAUCCUGAAAUUUUACUGCUGACACCGGAUUUUGUGGAACUGCAAUCAUGACUGUGGGCAAGAGUAGCAAGAUGCUGCAGCACAUUGACUAUAGAAUGAGAUGUAUCCUGCAAGAUGGCCGAAUCUUCAUUGGCACCUUUAAGGCUUUUGACAAGCAUAUGAAUUUGAUCCUCUGCGAUUGUGAUGAGUUCAGGAAGAUCAAGCCAAAGAAUGCAAAACAGCCAGAGCGUGAAGAAAAACGGGUUUUGGGUCUGGUGUUGCUCCGUGGAGAAAACUUGGUUUCCAUGACUGUUGAGGGGCCACCCCCUAAAGAUACUGGCAUAGCUCGUGUACCACUUGCUGGAGCUGCAGGAGGUCCUGGGGUUGGGAGGGCUGCUGGGAGAGGUGUGCCAGCUGGUGUGCCAAUUCCCCAGGCUCCUGCUGGAUUAGCAGGUCCUGUCCGAGGUGUUGGAGGUCCAUCCCAGCAGGUAAUGACUCCACAGGGAAGAGGCACGGUAGCAGCAGCUGCUGUUGCUGCUACUGCCAGUAUUGCUGGAGCCCCAACCCAGUACCCACCAGGACGAGGGACUCCACCCCCACCUGUAGGCAGAGCCACCCCACCUCCAGGUAUUAUGGCUCCUCCACCUGGCAUGAGACCACCGAUGGGCCCACCGAUUGGGCUUCCCCCUACUCGAGGGACACCAAUAGGCAUGCCCCCUCCAGGAAUGAGACCCCCUCCACCAGGAAUUAGAGGUCCACCUCCCCCCGGAAUGCGCCCACCAAGACCCUAGGAUGUUCUUGAUCCCUAUCAGUCACGUUUUUGCCCCUCAGUACAUCUUGUGAAAUUAUGUAGACUGUUUGUGAGCUUUCUGUCCCCUCUUUCUGCAUUCCUAGUAGCUAAUAAUAAAUACAUAGAGCAACUAAAUUGUGAAGUACUGUUGUAUAUUAUUUUUUCUGUUUCUGUUUCUGUUGGUUUUAUUGAAGUCAAAGUUGAAAUCAGCCUUUACUGGUCUUGAAAAUGUUGUCUGUGUUGUGAAUCCUGGUAAGCAAUUUAUUCAAUUCAAGUUGGUUUCUCUUUAGGGUUUAAAAUGGAUAUAAUUUCUUGUUUCUGCCUUUUAACUUCCACUUUGCUCAUUGACUGGUAUCAGAUAAUGUACAGGUAAGGAGUCUCAUGGUCUUGGGUAUAAGUAGUGGUGAUAUAAAAUUCACACAUUCAUUUAAUUCACAUAUUCAUUUAAUAUGUUACACUUUCUGAAGCAAUGU